AUGACCAAAUUUGCAAACCCUUUUUCGAAAUCUGAAAAAGAGAAGAAAGCGCAGCUUACCAAGCAGCCUACCAUUCCUAUGGCACCUGAUGAACAUCAGCUACCAACUUCAGUCGAUGGUGAUGCGGUCGCCACUUCAGCGCCUUCUAAUGAAUCCGCCACUACAUUGCCCAAAAGGCCCCGACUCCUUUGGAAGGAGGCAGCCGAGAAACUCAAUGACGAGGAGAGAAAGGCCUUGGGCCUCCAGUUUGACCAGCCGCUCUCACUGACAGCCGCCAUCGACGAGGUCGCUCAGCAGGUGGAGAAAGCCUGUGAGAAAUACGAGGCCAGAGGCUGGAAGAUCAAGCGCAGCGAUGGGAGCGUCAAGGUCAAUGUGCGGGCGAGUGCCAAGAGUAUUCUCAAAUGUGCCCUCCGAAGCAAGGGCAUUGUCGAGGCAGCGGUCAAAUUCGAUCCUACCGGCUAUUCCGCUUCAGCGUGGACUGUCAUUUCUUUGGGCCUUCAACUGGUCGAGAAUCAUCAGGACAGAAUGGAGUCUGUAUUCAAAGCUUCUGCUCUUCUUGCCGAUAACUUGCAUCGCUACGCUAAUAUCGAAGCCAAUUAUCGCAAUCAAGACAUACCUGACGUCCGCCAUUUAGAGGACAAGCUCUGCUCUAGCUACGAAGCAAUUCUGAGGUACUCAGCCAUGGUCCAACUAGAAAGGAAGAGAUCUUUUGGAGGUCGAGUAUGGUACAGUUUUUACUCCCUCUCAGAGCAGCCAUUACAGCAGCUGCAAGACAAGAUGCUCACGGCUGCAAAUGCCACGGAUCUCUGGCUACCUCUUAUCCAACACGAGUCUGAAAUACGAGCAGAUCGGCUGAAAGAGUCUGCGGAGAUCAACCAGAAGGUGAACGAGGCAGUAGGCAAGCUAGACCAAAUUCUUGAGAGCUUCAGUACAAGCAUUACAGCAAUCAGCGGCGGAGUGCAGCUACUGGAAGCCAUCUCGGUUACUAUGGCGACAAAAGAGGAUAUCGCUCAAAUAGCUGCGCUUUUUCAGCAGCGCGUAGCCGAAGGGCUCGACCAACCUGCCGUUUCCAGCAUGAGCGCAGAAACAGACAGAAAAAUUGUCAAGAAUGAUGGUUCGACGACAGCCGAGGGCUCGUCUUUUCUCCACGAAGAAGACAUAGAUGCGUUGUUUCGAGAGUUGUUCGUGGAGUUCCACGAAUUCGAUGAAGACACGCGACAGCAUCGGAGAACAAUUGAGCAGCUGCCAGAGAUGCGACCACACCGAACUCGAAACCAAAACCUGCUGCGAGCUGAGAAGAUUAUCAAGUGGGUGGAAUCCAGCGUCUCACAGCUGCUUUUAGUCGAUGGUAGCUCGGUGCUCGGCAGAUACGAUUUCAACUCGUUAUUUGUCGGCCCUCUACUCAUUUUCGGCGACAGCUCCUUUGAAUCGGUCCUUGUGCUGCGACAUUUCGGCGGGGACAACCCUUCCACCAAGACCAACAAUUUCCGGACUCUUGUUCAAGCACUCAUCGUUCAGAUGUUCAAGCAGCGCCCAAAGUCUUUUGGCCAAAAACUGGCUAGCCUCACUAGGGAGUGUGCCAGUAACAUUUCUGAACUGUGGAAGCUGUUUCUCGAGUGUCUCCGAGAGAGCCAAGUCGAUUGCGUUUUCAUCAUCAUCGACAGCGUCGACUACCUUCAGGAUGCCCAGGCCAGUGACGGCUCGAGUGAGAAAGAGACAGUGAUGGCAAACAUGCGCGCUCUCGUACAGGACAAUAAUAUGCUCAUCAAGAUUCUUCUCAGCAGGAGUCUAAGUCUUGAGUUGCCCGAUUCGAUGGAAGAGCAAAUGGCUCUCAUGACAACGCCCGACAUGCACUCUAGGGAACCGCUGCGCCGGCUGUCUCUGGCCAUUAUGCAAGACGAUAUGCUGCUGAUACCACAAAAGCUAGUGGAGAUCCAAGAAAGAAGGUGCCAGAGGCUCACGUUCUCGCAGCUGCCCCUGAUAUAUCCACUAAGCUCUAUCAUAUACACCGUCCACGACGGCCAGCUCCAGGCUUUUGUAGUUUCCGCUGUGUAUGGCAUGGAACAGCAAACUCGAGACAUGUAUGCGCCGUUCCGUCUACGAGUGUGGUCUAUAGAUCACGAUGGCAAGCGCCUAACCAAACGUUACCACGAAUUCUCCACGUCGCAGUUCCAAGGGGAGAAGCCUGUAACAAGUCUCAAAUAUAUCCCGGCGGGCUACCUCAGAGAUGAAGCCGAGCAGCGGAAAAGGCUAGCUGCUCGAGGACGAAAAUACAUUGCUCUAUCUUGCAACUAUCAUCAUAAGGAGAUUAUUAAGAAUGGGGAGCCUAUUCGAAUUGUCAUUGACCAAGAGUCGGUUCCAGAAGAGAUUCGAGCAGAUUUUGACUUUGAGGGAGACUUCGUGAUCAAGCCUCAUCAAGACGUAAAGCCCCGCAUCCUAAUGGUCUCUCCACCAACAAUCAACGCAUACAACCUUGAAGAGAACAUUUGGACUCCUGUCCUUAUCGAUGAGAUAGACAAUGUUCAGUUUCUGGAUGAAGCGCUUCGCACGCUUGUCAUGGAAGUCGAAAAGAAAUCUCUCGCCAUUUCUCUCGUCCAAUCACACUUGGCUCAGAUGCACUCAAAUAAAAAUUCAAACGAAGAUUCAGGCGAAAGUGACGCCAGAUACCUGAUGAAUCCAUACGAAGGCCAGAAGCCACCUAUACAAAGACGGCCAGGAAUAUUAGAGAGAGAAAAGAGCCUUACGCUGCUACUGCAUGGCGGUCCGGGGACAGGCAAGACAUUCGCUGCCACAUGUAUUGCGGAAACAGUAAAGACUCCAUUACUGUCAGACACCAUUGGAAUCCGAGAUAAUUCCUCAGUGGAACGCCAGUUGUCCAAGAUGUUUCAACUGGCCCAGCGAUGGCACGCGAUUCUCGUCCUUGAAAAUGCCGAUGCUUUUCUCACACAAAGAUCGAGAAACGAGGCUAGUUCUUCAGCAGUAACGUUGGCAAUCCGAUCAAUGGACUCAUACACCAGUAUACUCAUCUUAACUACUAGCAGGGUGGGAGAUCUAGAUGAAGCCGUCUGGUCUUACACUGAUCUUGCUAUCAACUUUCCUCCUCUGCGAGGCGAGAGGCUACAAAAAGUCUGGGGACAUUCCAUCAGUGAAUACAAAGUAAAAUACUACUCACGUAUAAUGGAAUUUAUAGAAGACAUCUGCAGAACAGAAGGCCUCGAGAUCAACGGUCGCGAUAUCCGCAACAUUACGCUCGCGGCACAAAAUCUUGCAAGGCAUCAGAACAAAUUCCUUGAAGUGCAGCACAUCAAAGCCGUGCUAGAAAACAGAAAAGAGUUUAUGAAGUAUAUUAAGGAUUUGUCGGGCUCGGAUAUGGCCGAGAGGGCUAUGCAGAUGCAGAUACGAAACGAUGCGGAGCCAGAAGAAGGUAAGGACCCUUGA